UACAAAAGCUGUCAUUUGGACGAUAAUCUUUAAAAAAGAUCCUAAUAUGCACCCUUUACCUACAAACCGCCCCAGUGACAACUUUUGUAUUUGAUUAUCUAAAAGCAUAUUUAUUUAAGUUAUUGAGUUCUGGCCUAUUUCGAUAACAGUUGUGAGCUAAAAAUAUACCAUGCAACUCCAUGACAGAGUUAUUCUGAGACUGACCCUUAUUCUAGACAGCCAAUCAUGAGCCAGGGUAACUAUAGACUGGACGUGACGUGCCACAGUAUUUCUAAACCGAAAAUUCUAUGUCUUACAGCUUUCUCCUUCUGUACUCUUCAAGCGACUGCACUCAGGCAACAGGCGACAAAUCCAAAAUGUUGGAUGUGUUAAUAAUUGGUGGAGGUCCUCAUGCUCUAACACUCGCUACUUUACUCUUAAACCCUGACAAACCUAUCUGCCAAUCUAAUGCGGAGAUACUUCAAGGAAUUCAACUCAGCAAAUCAAAAGCAAAAAGUGGAUGCCAUAAAAACAAAAAAAGACAACCAGCCAGGGUGGUGUUAGAAACAGAGAAUAAAGGGAAACAUCUGUCAUGCCCUCCAUUGCAUUUCAAGGUGGUGGAUUCAUAUGGAAGGUGGACAUCUCUGUGGGAAAGUCAGUUUACUGCCCUGGGCAUCCCACAUCUCCGAUCACACAUGCUUGUGCACACCGACCCAUUCAAUAAGAAAGCCUUGCAGGAGUUUGUGGUGGUGCAAAAUCGGACGGAGGAGCUGCACGGUCUACCCGAGCAAAUUUACAUUCAGGACGAGAAUGCAUUUUUUAACGACAACCGCCUGGGUAAGAGGGACAAAAAGCUUCUAAGCGCAACCAAUGGCCUUCAGAAGAAUCUGUACUUCAGUCUGCCAGGAACGCAGCUCAGUAUAGACUUCUUCCAGGAGCAGGUACGCAAAUAUGACCUGGACAGUGUCCUUAUCAGAGCCACAGUGGACAGAAUCACUCCGGUCCUUACGGAGGAUGAGAGCAAGGUGAAGUUUUUCAACGUGACAUUAAACACAGGGGAAAAUGUGGAGGCAAAAACUGUUGUCAUGGCGACAGGGCCUUCCAGAGCACAGAUGGCAAACAUCCCAUCUUGGGUGGAGGCGAUACAGGAGAGUUACCCAGAGGGAAGUCUACAACACACAGUACAACUCAUGCAUAACUUCUGUACACAUGAGGAAAUAAAUAAGCACUCGACAGGGCCUCCACCUGUGUGUCAUGUGGGUCAGAGAGUGAUGGUGGUGGGUGGAGGUCUAACCAGCGCCCACAUUAUCUCAAUUGCUCUGAAGCAGGGUGCAAGUCAUGUGACCUGGGUCUUACGAAAACACUUACAGCUGAAGCAGUUUGAUGUCGGGGACAUAGAGAGUCUAAUUGGACGCUAUUCACACAUUGAGCACGGGAUCAAGAUGGAUGGUCUGGCUUUCCUAAGGCAGUUUUAUAAUGAAAGGAGUCUUCACAAGAGGUUGGCAAUGAUCAAACAAGCCAGGAAAGGAGGAGCGGUGACCCCAGAGGCCUACACACAACUUCAACCUUUCAUUCAAAGCGGACAGCUUCUGAUCAAAACAUACUGCCAGGUGACGUACGGGCAAGGGUGGACAGAUACCCAUGAGAUAUUUACCAAGAUAAAGUUUGUAGUGUUCAGCUGGUCAUGUGAUCUCAUGACUGCAGCCAUAAAGGUGACGGAGGCUAAAUGGUGCUAUAGGUCUCAGAGUUGGAGGGUUUCCCUGUGCAAUGGCGAACAGUGGAACGGGGAAAAGAUUUGGCUGGCAACGGGCUGCAAACUGAAUGUUAAUCAAGACCCUUUACUCUCAGACGUCAUGAGAAAAUUCCCCAUUCAAGUUCUGGAGGGCUGGCCAUGUAUAACAGAAUCACUGCAGUGGACACCUGAAUGUCCGCUUUACCUGAUGGGACAGUAUGCAGCACUUCAGAAUAUGUAUAAAAUAAAUACAUAUGAAAUAUCUACAGGUUGGACCUCAUGCUUUAAACCUUGCCGGGGGCCAAGCCGCAAGUAUCCGCAUAUUUCAAAACAUCAUAAAUGAACACAGAGGACUGGAUGAGAGUACAUCAGGAAGAAUGGAAAAGACAAGGACUGAAGAGUAUAUCUCACACAUGCACGGUCUCAUGUGGCUGUAACAUCUACAUUAAUGUCAAAUAGAUUUCAAAAAUUAUGCUAUACAUUCAACCUCGACCAGCUGCCAAUUGUGAAGGAUAGAAGCCCAUUUUUAGUUUAUGAUUACAAAUAAAUGACUGAACUAUG